CUACAUUUGUUACCCCUGAAUUAGUUCUUUCACUCCUAUAUCUUCCCAAAAGAGAAGCAUUUUGUCCAUGGAAAUCCCGCCAAAGAAACCUCACUUUUUCAAACCCAUUCUCCCAGGUUUCAAGAAUGGCCUUAAAAUUCCUAUAGGUUUCUUGAAGUAUUUGAAGGGACAUGACCAUAUUGAACAUGUUGUACUAAAAAGGGCUGGCAACAAGUGGUUGGUAAAGAUGAACAGACGACGAUUAGAAGAUGGUUGGGAAAAGUUUGCAGAGGAGCAUGAUUUGCAGUUAGGUGAUAUGUUGAUUUUCAGACAUGAAGGAGACAUGGAAUUUGAUGUGUCCAUCUUCGAUUCAACUCAUUGUGACACAAAAUAUGCAGAGUAUAUGCAAAUACUAGAAGAAAAGGAUAAAAAGGUCGAGGACAAGAAUGACGAUGAUGAGGUUGUUGAGGAUGAGAACGAUGAGGAGGAUGAGGAUGACGAAGCAUAUACUCAUGACAAACCUUUUGGUCAAUCUCAUUUUGAAUUCACUAUUAGACAAUAUUGUCUUUCAAAAGGUUUCAUGUGGAUUCCUCAACAUUUUGCAUUUGCAAACGGUCUUAUCAACCGCAACAAGAUGUUUGGUUUGAUUAUAAUCGAUGAAAGACAAACAAGGUCGUGGAACUUGACGCUACAUUCAUGCAAAACUCAAGCUUAUAUCGCAGAUGGAUGGCGAACAUUCAGUGCUGAUAAUUGCUUAAAAGAGGGGGAUCGAAUAAUAUUUGAGAUCGUUGCUAAAGGAGAGACACAAAUAUGGAAAUUUCAAGUUGUUAAUAAUGCAAAAAAACUAAUGAGGAAGUUUCAAGAAAAUGCUAUGGAAAAGCCAAAGCCUAAUGUCAUGUCAUCACACAAGGAUUUCCCUGAUGUAGAACCUAAGGACAUGCCUCGGGGUCGCCCUCGUUUCAUUUAUACCAUCACGCCCAGUUGCAUUUCAAAGUGUUUGCUGCAUGUUCCAAUACUAUUUGCUCGGGAAAAUGGCCUCAGAGACCGGAAAUAUACAGUAACGAUAAGAGAUGAGCAACAAAGGCCAUGGGUGUUUAAGUUGUAUACCACUGCAGGCAGCACUUUUAUUGCAGGUGGAUGGGGUAAACUUUGCGCUGCUAAUUUCUUGAUGGAAGGAGAUCACGUAAUGAUUGAGAUGUUUUCCAAGGGAGAGGAACCUAUAUUUAAAAUUUACGGCAAGUUUCACAUCUUAGCCGUUUUCUCUUAUAUUGCAUCCACUAUUUCCCACUAUUUAUCUACUUCUUUACCUGAAGAAAAGAAGCCUACUCUGGAUGCUAUCACUCAAGGAAAACCAAAGCCCAAGAUCAAGACAUCAGGCAAGACUUUCUCCAAUGUAGAAGCUGUUAAGGACGCGAAUCUCAGUCACUCUCAUUUCAUUUGUACUAUUAAACCUUAUUGCCUUUCAAAGCAUUUUGUGUGUAUUCCAAAACAAUUCGCACAAGAAAACAGACUCUACGACAGGAAAUGGGAAAUAAUUGUGAGGGACGAGCAACGGUCAUGGACAUUUAAUGUGUAUACAUGCAACAAAAUUACCUAUUUUGGAAGAGGAUGGCAUGAAUUUUGCCUUACAAAUUGCUUAAAGGAAGGAGAUCGCUUAAUGUUUGAGAUAGUUUCCAAUGGAGAACUACCUAUAUUCAGAUUUCAUGGCAAGUUUCUCAUCUGUAAGCCUUUGAGUGCUUACUUGCCAAUUGAGGCCAAGUUUGAACGUCUUUUUAUAUAUUAUGUCUUCCUUAUUAUGAUUGUAAUGUUUGUUUUUUCUUCUUUUCUUGGUUACAUCAAAGCAAUAACAGAUCUUAGCCUUAAGACCUCGGGCACGUUCAAUCUGAAAUCGCAAGUAGCUGCUUCAACAUCUGCUGAUGCCAACUUGCAUUUUAUAUCCAUUAUUAAACCUUACGCCAUCAGAAAUCCUGUUUUGUAUCUUCCAAUGGAUUUUGCGAAAUCAAAUGGCUUGAUGGAUAAACAUGAGAUGAUUAUUGUCGAUGAAAAACGGAGAUCAUGGUCAGUGUGGAUAGGGAGAAUUGACGAGUUUCACUUUGGAAUUAAAAGAGGAUGGACACAGUUCAGAAAAGAAAAUGGCGUUCAAGUAGGAGAUACUUACAGGUUUGAACUCACCAACAAUGGCACAAUACCUGUAGUUCAUUUCCAUUGUAAAUACUCUGGGAAGGAUGCAGUUGUUGAUGGGCAAAAGGAAACUAGUCAUUAAAGCAAGUGGAUGUAAUGUUUUUGGAUCUUGUACAUUUUGGUAUAUAGUAAAUGUAACACUGCCCAAACCUGUCUAAUUGGUAUAUAGUAAAUGCAACACUGCCCAAACCUGUCUAAUCAGACAUCUAACAAGACUCCCUUCGGAAGACCAAGAAUUUAGAUUUUAUUAUAUGUUUGUGUAUAUCUCUGCUCUGUAAUUGCAAUUGAUCGUUAGUCAGUCGUUUUGCGUACUCUAUAUAUACUCAGUUUCAAUGAAAGAGAAGUUGCGCAAUUAUAUCAAAUAGUUCAAUUUUGUUGAUUUUGUGAUGGGCUUGCAGUCUUACUGCUCAUUCUCAUUGCUGGAUGGCUUCAACAUUUUAGUCUUGUUGAUAUUAUUUGGCUAUGCUCUGAGGCAAUUGAAAUUUGUGUGGAUUGAAUGUCUAACUU